AUGUAUCGCUUAACUUUGUUUCCACUCUACAUCAAUCAUAUUUUAACCUUUCCGGGGAGGAGGGGGGAAUCUGCGUAUGAUAGGAAAGACUCCGGUCCCGCCAGUCCAACGUUACCAGGGAGAAAGAGCAGCGAGCAGGACAGAAAUUUUAAAAAAGAAAAGGGCCUCGACUCGACUCCACUGGCAAAACUGGUCGGGCAGCUGACCUUUCCAGUGGGUCCGGGUCUGACGGCAAUCCGUGGAAUGUUCGACGCCGGGGGUCGUCCGCCCAGUCUGGCUGCCCUCACGAUUCCUGGGAAAUGCCCUCCGUUUUCUUGCCAUUCGCGGCCAGUAACUCCCUUUGUCGCAAACAGAGUUCAGUCCUUGUUCUUCUACAACUCGCUACCACCACACUUCUUGCUCCCCGAACGAACCACAACCAACCCCAAGAUCUCUCUUCAUAUCACAGUUUUUGUCGGAUGGAUGCAAUACGGUUUAUUGCAAACGCGACCAAGCCAUGUGCAGCUCCAGAAAUCUGGAGACGAACACCCUACCAGUAGGAACGGUAAGGGAUGGACAGGGCCUGUUACUCUGAUUGGCCAUGACUUGCGGGGUUGUGGACUAUCUGGGACUAAUUGGGGAUUAGUGUGGGUUUGGGCAGUUAGGGUUGCAGGGGAAACACUAGGCCGGAUUAAGUGGAUUUGA